GAGCGCUGACAGAAUGAUUUGAUUCAAUUAAAAGCACGACUGAAAGAUCCAACCUUUCUUCUUUCCCUCACAAAACAAAGGCACGACACCCCGGUCCGAGCUAGUACUGCAUUCAGACAAUGACGACAGAAGAACUCUUGGAAGCUACGUUGGAUUCCUUGAGCCAUGGCUGGCUCAGUGUGAAAGAUCUAUUUCAGUUGGGCGCCGUGUCGUGUCGGCUCAGGCUCGCCAUCGACGACGAAGUCAUCCAGAGAUCCAUUCGUACCGAGGUUGGUCUAUUUUUGGGUACAAGCGAGGAGGCAGGUAUCAUUGCUCCUGUCCUUGGAGUACGAAAGGAUUAUCCAGAAAAUGCGGCAUUCCGUAUCAUGCUGACGAAACGGAUGCUUCGCGUGGAUCAUAUGACGGUGGAUCGCGUUCGAGGAAUGGGAGAGUCAGUGGCUCGCUUCAAACAGAAACUGCUGCAGGAUCACAGACCGGGUGACGUCAAUGACGACAGCGACAGUGGCGACUCUGGAGAUGAGGAGGGCUCGCAAGUGCUUGCGGACGGGUGGAGUCGAUGGGGAUCCCCAACCUUUCUUGGCCUUCGCGGAGGAUUUUUGGACUUGCGUUUCCACGAAAUUUGUGGUGGAAUUGGCCUCGUCUUCUCCCUGACUACAGGUAAAGAAUACAAACAUUCCUUUCAAAGAGACUAUUACUAUGGUUACCUGGAUGAGGAAGACCAAGAGCUUCACGUCGUGCUGUGUCAAGACGAGGUGCCUAUCCGGGAUGACAGAGACUUGCCAUUCUCUUUCGUGCCCUAUGACUAUUAUGAAUUCACUCGUCAACAAAGUGACUUUCAUUCAGCUAUGGAUCAAUGCCGCAUACACUCAAGACCGGACUUUCGAAAAAUGAGGGGGGCGGACGCAACACAAUUGAGAGCUUACAAAGUGGAACUAAAACGACAAUUUGAAAUUGAUAGAUUGACGAUCGAGAAACAAUACUGGGCCAAGCUGAUGCACGUUAAGGAGGGCGACAUGACUUUGGACAUCAUCGAAAAGUACGACUGCCGUUCGCGUCUUCGAGUCAGAGCUUGGCGUCCAAUGAGUCAAGAUGAGACUGACAAGCACAAAGUGUCAGCAAUGAUGGAUUCCUCCUCUGUCUUUGCCUGGACGUAUUCGCAUCCGUGGGAGCAGCUUCUUCGGAGAGCCAGUAUGAUUGUUGGCAGUAGAGACUACGGCUUUGAAAACAUCAAACUGCAAUCCUUGACAGACGAUCAGAGGCAGACUGCCACUGAUUUCUUGGGCCCCGACAGGCGGCAGGUGGGGGUUGCGUUGGGACUUGACAAAACUCGUAAUGUGUUUAGCCAGUCUCCAUUCUUCUGAACCUUGGCUUGCACAGUGCCAGCACACAGACGGAGGUUGAUUCGAAUGAUUCAUUCCUACGGUCUGGUUCUGGCGAAGACUCACCAUGAUGAACCACCAUGCUACGGCACAUGCGCCCGCCGAGCCAAACAGAAAUCCUCGAAGACCGAGAGAAUCAAAGUAAAAUUGAUUAGAUCCUAGAGAUCAUUAAAAUGCAAAUACAAGGUACCCGGACAUUUGUUUCGUCCCAUUCAAAACGAGGAUAGACCACAAGCUUAGCUAGCCAACCUUCAACAACAGGUUGAUUGAAACAUUCAGU